UUCCCUCAAUUGCUUGAGAAUUCCUCUAUGUUACUUAACGUGUUACCAACACCAAUGUCCACCCAAUUCCCCAAAUUUUCUUCAUAUUUUCCGUCGAAAAAGUGAGCUUUUUAAUGUAACUGUCCACCCAUGCAGCCGUAUUUUUGCCCUAAAAAACAUGGAAGAUGAUUGAGUUUGGAUUCUGACAUCUGAUUUUUUUUUUAUCGUUCAAGCCACGCCAUAUAAAUAAAGGCCAUGCCCAAGAGAACUUCUUCAAGUACCCAAUUGAUCAAAAGGCGGCCUCAACAUGGGGAGCCCUUCACGUUUCUUCCUAUGUUUUCUCCCCCUGGCAGUGGUAUUCUGCAGCGCCAUAGAGCCGCCACGGCCGGCGGCGGCGCUUCCGCUCACCACCGAUUCACGGUGGAUCGUGGACGAAGCCGGGCGGCGGGUGAAGUUGGCAUGCCUGAACUGGGUGUCACACCUUGAACCAGUGGUGGCUGAGGGGCUGAGCAAGCAGCCGGUGGAUGAGAUCUCAAAGAAAAUUGCAGCCAUGGGAUUCAACUGUGUUAGGCUCACUUGGCCACUUUACUUGGCCACAAAUGAGUCACUGGCCAACCUCACUGUGAGGCAGUCUCUUCAGGGACUUGGGCUGCUUGAAUCCAUUGCAGGCUUCCAAGCCCACAAUCCCUCCAUUGUUGAUCUUCCCCUUAUCAAAGCUUUCCAGGCAGUGGUGUCCAGCCUGGGGGAAAACAAGGUGAUGGUGAUACUGGACAACCACAUAAGCAAGCCAGGGUGGUGCUGCAGCAGCAAUGAUGGCAAUGGCUUCUUUGGGGACAUUUACUUCGACCCUGAUGUCUGGCUCAAAGGGCUGGCCAAGAUGGCCACCUUGUUUAAGGGCACCCCCUUUGUUGUUGGCAUGAGUUUGAGGAAUGAGCUGCGUGGCCCCAGGCAAAAUGUGGACGACUGGUACAGAUACAUGCAGAGAGGAGCUGAAGUAGUGCAUGCAGCAAACCCGGAUGUUCUAGUAAUCAUUUCCGGGCUGAGCUUUGACAAAGACUUCUCCUUCCUCUCGAGCCGCCCUCUGAACCUGAGCUUCACCAAGAAGCUAGUGUUCGAGCUGCACUGGUACGGGUUCACAGAUGGGUCAGCUUGGAGGACCAGCAACCCCAACCAGGUCUGUGGGCUGGCGUUGGACAACAUAAGGAGGAGUUCUGGAUUUUUGUUGGACCAAGGGCACCCCUUGUUUGUGAGUGAGUUUGGGGUGGACCAGAGUGGCAGUAAUGUAAAUGACAACAGGUACUUGAGCUGCUUCAUGGCCAUGGCGGCUGAGCUGGACUUGGACUGGGCUCUGUGGACUCUGGUUGGGAGCUAUUACUUGAGAGGAGGGGUACGGGGGUAUGAUGAGACUUAUGGAAUUUUCAGUUUGAACUGGGGCCAGCCCAGGAAUUCAAGCUUCUUGAAUAGGAUCUCUGUGAUGCAAUCACCCUUUCAAGGGCCUGGCCUGGCACAAGCCAAGCCACACAUAGUAAUCUUUCAUCCACUGACUGGCCUUUGCAUCCAAAGGAGAACACUGUUUGAGCCACUGAAGCUCGGCCCCUGUUCAGGCUCCGAGGCCUGGAGCUACACGCCAGAGAAGACGCUGACAAUAAAGGGCACCUAUUUCUGCCUGCAGGCCGUCGGGCUCGGAAAGCCGGCGAAGCUAGGCGUGAUUUGCACCGGCGCCUCGUCCCGGUGGCAGCCAAUCUCCGACUCCAAAAUGCACCUCUCGACAACCCUCGAAGACGGCACCGCCGUUUGCUUGGACAUUGAUCCCGGCAGCAAUGUCGUCUUCACCAAUGCCUGCAAAUGCUUGGAGAGGGAUAACAUGUGCGAUCCUGCGAGCCAGUGGUUUAAGUUUGUUAAUACGACGUUGGGUACUCGUUCUGCAACACGAUCAAUCCGGUUUGGUUCGGUUUUGGAAUUCCUUGGGAGGAAGAUGCUUGGAGGCAUACUGUAGUUUCAGCGUGACAAGGUGAAGGUGGAGCAACUGCAAGUGGGGGGUGGGUUUUAAGUGAAGGGUGGUUCACUAAUUAGGAGGAAUUCAUGGGGAUUCAUACUGCAAAAUUUAUUUUAUAUUCACUAUUCUAAUAUUGUUUAUCAAUAUAUAUAUAUAUACUCAUUCUGCCAAUAUCUGCUUUCAUUUCAAUCUUUACGCUGUAAUUUGAUACCAUUACAAUUAGAUGUUGGGUUAUCUUAAAA